AUGGCUCGAGCACAAGAGUUUCCCCAGCAGCGAGACAACAUGGAAGUUAACUCAACGAGGGCCCUGGUGUAUCACUGGCGCAUCUUUCGGAUUAUCGGACUGCAUCCGCCGCCCAGGAACACCAUGUGGGGGCGGCACUACAGUGCCUACUCGGUGGUGUGGCACACGGUGUUCCAUUUCUGCCUCUGGGUGUCCUUCUCGGUGAACUUCCUGCUGUCCAACUCGCUGGAGACCUUCUGCGAGAGCCUGUGCGUGACCAUGCCGCACACGCUCUACAUGCUGAAGAUAUGCAACGUGUACCGGGUGCACGACGAGCUGCUCCACAGCCACCGGGUGUUCCGGCACCUGGACAGCCGGCUGAGCUGCUCCAUGGAGGUCCAGAUCGUGGAGGAGGGCGUCGCCCGGGCCGAGUUCAUAUUUAAGUUCAUUGUCCGCGGCAUUUUGGCCGUCCUCGUCGUCGGCAUCCUCUACAUCGGGCUGGCCAGCGAGCCCACGCUGAUGUACCCCUCCUGGAUUCCCUGGAACUGGACGGGCAGCUUCUCCGCCUACCUGCCCACCGUCACCCUCCACACGAGCGCCAUCAUCGAGACCUCGGUGGUGGUUCUCACCACGAGCACCUACCCGGGCACCUACCUCCUCCUGCUUAGCGCCCACACCAAGGCGCUGGCCUGGCGAGUUGCCAGUCUGGGUCACAACGACCCACUGCCGGCGCAUCGGGUGCAGGCACUCCUCGCUGGUUACAUCCAGGACCACCAGAUCAUUUUGCACCUGUUCAAGUCGCUGGAGCGAUCGCUGUCGAUGACCUGUUUUCUGCAGUUCUUCUGCACGGCCUGCGCCCAGUGCACCAUCAGUUACUUUCUGCUCUUCGAGGAAAUCGGGGUCAUGCGGUUUGCGAACAUGCUGUUCCUGCUGGUGGCCUUCACCACCGAGACCCUGCUGCUGUGCUACACCGCCGAGAUCCUCUGCCAGGAGGGCGAAAGCCUGCUGGAUGCGGUCUACAGCUGCAAUUGGCUGGACCAGUCGAUCCAAUUCCGGCGCCUGGUGCUCCUCAUGCUGGUGCGCUGUCAAAAACCGAUGAUCCUGGUCUCUGGAGUCAUAGUGCCCAUCAGCAUGAAGACCUUUCUGGUGGUGGUGAAGGGAGCUUACUCCAUGCUCACUCUGCUGAACGAAAUGCGAAAGACGUCACUCGAAUAA